AUGGCUGAAAAUUUUGAUGAUGAUGGGGUUGCUCCACAAAUUGCUAAUCCCGUCAUGUUGGCAGAUGAUCGAGCAAGGGCUAUAAGGGAGUAUGCAGCCCCCAUGUUUAAUGAGCUCAAUCCAGGCAUUGUGAGGCCUGAAAUACAAGCACCGCACUUUGAGCUCAAGCCAAAUUUGAGUAUUGGGAAUGCUAAAACUAUUCAACCAGCUGCUGCCAUUCAAAGUGAAGAUGUCUCAUGUGUGUUUUGUGGAGAAGGGCAUGUGUUUGAGAAGUGUCCAUCUAAUCCGGAGUCCGUUUGUUACAUGGGAAAUCAGAAUUUUAACAGAAACAAUGGGGCAUUCUCAAACUCUUACAAUCAAUCUUGGAAGAAUCAUCCUAAUUUUUCUUGGGGGGGUCAAGGAGCAAGCUCAAGUACCGCACCAGCCCAAGGAAGACAAGCAUAUCCACCGGGUUUUUCACAACAACCCCGACAUUCACAACAUGCUCAAAAUGCCCAACCAAGCUCUUUGGAGAGUCUUAUGCGGGAUUAUAUGGCAAAAAAUGAUGCGGUGAUACAAAGUCAAGCUGCCUCUCUUCGAAACUUAGAGUUGCAACUUGGACAUUUGGCCAAUGAAUUGAAAGCUAGGCCGCAAGGUUCUUUGCCUAGUGACACGGAGAAUCCAAGGAGGGAUGGGAAGGAGCAAUGCAAAUCCAUUCACUUGAGGAGUGGCAAGCAUCUGAAAAAUUCCGAGGAGGAAAUAAAGGGAAGUGGGGAGCCCACUUCAAUCCAAAAUGACGAAAAGUUGAGUAAAAAAACUGCCCAGAAAAUUGCUGAUACCAGACCAGUUGAUACAGCAUCGGGUCAGCAAUCUGACAGUCAGCAAUCCACACCAGUAUGUACUAAACCACCCCUUCCAUUUCCUCAAAGAUUUCGGAAACAGCAGCAAGAUGGGCAAUUCAAGAAGUUUUUAGAUGUGUUGAAGCAGCUCCAUAUCAAUAUUCCAUUGGUGGAAGCAUUGGAGCAAAUGCCAAAUUAUGUCAAGUUCUUGAAAGACAUUUUGACGAAGAAAAGGAGGUUGGGGGAGUUUGAAACUGUAGCUCUUACCGAAGGAUGCAGCGCCAUGUUGAAAAGUAAGAUUCCACCGAAGUUGAAGGAUCCGGGUAGUUUUACAAUCCCUUGUUCUAUUGGGGGGCGGGAUGUUGGAAGAGCCUUAUGUGAUUUGGGUGCAAGCAUCAACCUCAUGCCUAUGUCAAUCUUUAAGAAGUUGGGUAUUGGUGAAGCACGUCCUACAACUGUUACAUUGCAACUUGGCCGAAUGUACUAUGAAGCUGAUCGAGAUGUACCUAUUAUCUUGGGUCGACCAUUCCUUGCUACCGGGAGAACUCUGAUUGAUGUGCAAAAUGGGGAGCUCACAAUGAGGGUGAAUGAUCAAAAAGUCACCUUUAAUGUGUUCAAUGCUAUGAGAUUUCCGGAUGAGAUAGAAGAGUGUUCCCGCAUAAGUGUAAUUGACUCGCUAGUGGCUGAAAAAUUUCACAAGGAAGCUUGGAGGGAUGAGAAAUUUAUAAGUUCUUUUGAUGAGCUUGAAGACUUGAGUGAAGAUGAAGACAACCAAGUUGCUUGGGUGGAGCCAUUGCAACCUAUUCCUAACUUCAAGAAGCCCUUUGAAUCUUUGGAGUUGAAGGAAAGUAAUUUUAAGCCUCCAAAACCCUCCAUCCAAGAACCACCGAAGUUGGAGUUGAAACCCUUGCCAAGCCAUACGAAGUAUGCCUAUUUGGGGGAGAAUGACACGCGCCGAUUAUUAUAG